CGUCUCAGUAAUCAUGCACACAAUACGUCGUUGGUACCAAUUGUGUUACACAGCAGUUCAGAAAAAGAUCAGCCAAAUGGAACAGUGCCAGGGUAGAGGGGAAAAGUUCAUGACCAUAAAAGUUGAAAAGAGGAAGUAAAUAGUAGGUUAUAAACAGAACUAGCAGUUGUGGUUUUACGAUAACAUAGUUCAUGAUUAAAGAAAAGAUUAAAAAAAAAAAGGGGAAAUAUUCACAGUGAGAUUCCAUGUCGUCUAAAUAAAUCCCAUGGACUAGCCAGGGCUGUGCAAUACAUCAAAUGAUGAUAAAGAUCUGCUAUUUGCCAUGCAGGAUGUUUGCAUAGUGACCGAGCGAUUGCCAUUAUUUUCUUUUCUCACAACUUAGGGCUCAACAUGGCAAAUUCCCACUUGGCAGAUAAAUGCCGCCUGUUUACAGCCACUGACAUAACAGAGACGGCUCAGCUGAUUUGGUUUAGUUGUUAGCAACUGUGCUAAUCUCAGUGACUCGAGCUGCUCCUGUCUCAGUGGAAAAAUACAGCGGGGAAGUGGUGUAUACCUUGAACCUUUGUCAGAGCCAAACACUUUUUCAAGUGCGGCCGCAUGGUGUGGAGCGCAGCGUCUGGCAACGAGGCGGCUCAGGGAGAGGAACCGUCGCAGCUUUGAUUCUCACUCUGGCUCCGCUCAUGACUUUUUGUUUGUAUAGAGAGCCUGCGGUGCAUCCAUCCGAGAGGAAUACUGAUCACUUUGUUGUUGCUGUAAGCAACUCCCAGGGGAGAGGGGCUUUGUGAUGGAGGGUGAAUUCCUGAAAGGAAGCAGCCGUGAAGCGGCCGGUCAGGGCAACGCUCUUGCAAAGAAGACUCAGCUGCUGGACCGCGGAAAGUGGGCAAACAAGUUGGAGUUCCUGCUGGCGGUGGCAGGGACCCUGGUGGGCUUGGGGGAUCUCUGGAGGUUUCCCUAUUUGUGCUACAAAAAUGGGGGAGGGGCUUUUUUGGUUCCAUACGUUCUGUUUCUUCUGGCCUGUGGUAUCCCAAUGUUCCUCCUGGAGACAGCCAUGGGUCAGUACACAUCUCAAGGAUGCAUUACAUGCUGGAGGCACUUCUGCCCUUUGUUUGAAGGGAUCGGUUAUGCAACCCAGGUAGUGAUUGCCUACGCUGCCGUGUCGUACAUUGUCAUCCAGGCCUGGGCUUUCUUCUAUCUCUUCUCGUCCUUCAGUGCUGAGGUUCCGUGGGCCAGCUGCAGAAAUCUCUGGAACACAGAUAAUUGUGUUGAAUUUGACAAAAAGAAUGUGUCAUCCAAUUGGACAGCAGCUGCGAAUGCGACAACUCCUGCAACGGAAUUCUGGGAGAGACGAGUUCUGGGUAUAUCCAAUGGGAUAGAAGAGAUUGGCAGCCUGAGGUGGGAGCUAGCCUUGUGUCUCUUGUUGGCUUGGAUUCUGUGCUACUUCUGUGUUUGGAAAGGAGUGAGAUCCACUGGAAAGGUAGUUUACUUUACAGCCACUUUCCCUUAUGUAAUGUUGGUUGUUCUGUUGGCUCGUGGACUCACUUUACCCGGCGCCAUGGACGGCAUCAUUUUCUACCUCUAUCCUGACCCGACAAGGUUGGUGGACCCUCAAGUUUGGAUGGAUGCGGGAGCACAAGUCCUCUUCUCUUUUGGGAUUUGUCAGGGAAGUUUGACAGCUCUUGGCAGUUACAACGAGUUUAAUAAUAACUGUUACAAGGACACAUUUGUUCUAUGUUUGGUGAAUGGCGGCUCAAGCUUUGUGGCGGGCUUUGCCAUCUUUUCAGUUUUGGGAUUCAUGUCCUACGAACAAGGAUUGCCGAUAUCCGAAGUGGCCGCUUCUGGACCUGGCCUGGCUUUUAUAGCAUAUCCAAGGGCUGUAGCAAUGAUGCCUUUACCUCAGUUAUGGGCCAUAUGCUUCUUUAUCAUGGUCAUCCUGCUGGGAGCUGAUACACAGUUUGUGAGCUUGGAGUGCCUGAUGACCUCCGUGACAGAUAUGUUUCCGACUGUUUUCCGGAGGGCUUAUCGCCGAGAACUGCUGCUGCUAUGUCUCUGCUCCGUUUGCUUCUUCCUUGGUCUUCUUCUCGUCACUGAGGGGGGCCUAUAUUUCCUUCAGCUUUUCGACCAUUAUGUCUGUAGUGGCAACAACCUUCUCCUCCUUUCAGUGUGUCAGUCCAUCGCAAUUGGAUGGAUAUAUGGUGCAGAUCGUCUCUAUGACAACAUUGAAGAAAUGAUAGGCUAUCGUCCGUGGCCACUAAUGAAGAUUUGCUGGCUUUACGUUACCCCUGCUGUUUGUAUGGGUACCUUCGUCUUCUCCUUGGUGAGGUACAAGCCUCUCAAAUUCAACAAAACCUACGUCUAUCCAACCUGGGCCUACGCUCUGGGAUGGUGCCUGGGACUGUUCUGUGUUCUGCUGGUGCCUCUGUGGAUCCUCUUUAAAGUGACUCAGAUGAAAGGCACAGUGUGGCAGAAUCUCAAACAGCUUUGUCGCCCAGAAAACAAGCCCCACAACUCGCUGAAGCAACCUGAGCAAUAUCCACUGAACCCCAGCAAAUCUCUUACUCCCGUGGCCAAUGAGUUCAAGGGAAGCGGUGGAGUUGAAAUGGAGGUGCAAGUAUGAGACCAUGAACAUUUUCACCAUAGUUUUGCAAGCUGCGCAGUUUCAAGUUCUUGUGCCACUAGAUGAGACGUCUCUUAAUUACGACUCCGUUUAUUACUUAGUGGUUAUUGCGUUUAAAUACAUUUAGCUAAAGUGCACCGAAAUUCAUUUUCAGACGAGAACAUUUUCCUUUGUUAGUUGUGAGCAUAGGGGUGCUGCAGUGAUGUUCUCAUAAGAAUUUAUGAGAAAAUUGUCCCCAAAUUGAAGCACUAUAUAUAUAUAUCUCGUUCGUAUUCAUC